AUGCUUUCGAAAUGGGCAGGACGAGGUGCGGCGCUCUUUGUCGGAUAUCUUCUCAUUCACUUCGUUUUGAUCGUGGUCGAUAAUCGGCGAGUAAUCGAUCGAACCCAAGUUGCGGUUGGAAAGGAUUCCGAUGGACCACUGAUAGUCAGAACUGCGAAGGAUUUAAGCAGCAAAAAAAACACUUCCGCGUAUGUUGCACUUGAAACUUUUCCCGGUAUUUUUUGUCAAACUCUUUUUAUAAAAAAUUUGCAGCAGCACGUGGACAGUCAUGCGAUUACCAAGAAUCUCUGA